AUGAAUGAAUCUCACCCCAAGGAGUAUGUCAGACAACUGAGGGCUGGAACUGUCAACACAAACCAGGAUUCCCCAACUUCUGCUGGCCCCAGUGCCGCUCAGCCCAGCAGACUCGCACAAAGAAGUCCCAGUUCUGAGUGUGGGAAGAGCUUCAGUCUUUUAGGAAACCUAAAAACUCACCAAUGGAUUCACACAGGGGAGAGGCCCUACCAGUGCACCCAAUGUGGGAAGAGCUUCAGUCAUUUUAGUCACCUAAAGAUACACCAGCGGAUUCACACAGGAGAGAGGCCCUACCAGUGCCCCCAGUGUGGGAAGAGCUUCAGUGUGUUAGGAAUCCUAAAGACACACCAGCGGAUUCAUACAGGAGAGAGGCCCUACCAGUGCUGCCAGUGUGAGAAGAGCUUCAGUCAUUUAAGUUACCUGAAGGGACACCAGCGGAUUCACACAGGGGAGAGGCCCUACCAAUGCUCCCAGUGUGAGAAGAGCUUCAGUCAUUUAGGAAACCUAAAGACACACCAGCGGAUUCACACAGGGGAGAGGCCCUACCAGUGCACCCAGUGUGAGAAGAGCUUCAGUCAUUUAAGUCACCUGAAGAGACACCAGCGGAUUCACACAGGAGAGAGGCCCUACCAGUGCUCCCAGUGUGGGAAGAGCUUCAGUGAUUUAAGAAACCUAAAGAUACACCAGCGGAUUCACACAGGAGAGAGGCCCUACCAGUGCUCCCAGUGUGAGAAGAGCUUCAGUAAUUUAAGUCACCUGAAGACGCACCAGCGGAUUCAUACAGGAGAGAGGCCCUACCAGUGCUCCCAGUGUGGAAACAGAUUCAGAGAUUUAGGACCCCUAAAGAAGCACCAGCGCAUUCACUCAGGGGAGAGGCCCUACUAGUGCUCCCAGUGAUUUUUCUUGAUUAGGAUACUUUGAGACACACCACCAGACCCACA